CGGAGCGGAGGCUUCCGGGAGGAGCAUGGACCGGUUCGUGGUGCGCAAGGCCCGCUGCCCGGAGAGCCCCCGCCGCGCCGGGCCGGCCCCCCGCGCCUACCGGCAGGCCACCCUCGAGUCCCUCAAGAGAGUUGUGGUCGUGGAAGACAUAAAACGAUGGAAAUCUAUGCUUGAGCUUCCUGGGCAACCAAAAGAGAAUCUGAUUGAAGCUUUGGAAGAGCUGAAGAAGAAAAUACCUUCCAAGGAAGUGUUACUUUCAACAAAAAUAGGUCACACAGUGAAUAAGAUGCGCAGGCAUUCAGAUCACGAGGUAGCCAGCCUUGCCAAAGAGAUUUACACAGAGUGGAGGACUUUCAUCAAAGACCAUUCAAACAAGCCCUCAAUAGAGGUCAGGAGCGAUCCCAAGACUGAGGCUUUCAGAAAGAACGCACGGAAGCUGCUUUGUGAAGCCCUGGAUCUAGAGAUUGAUCACCCACUGGCUGAAAAUAUUGAGCGAGAAGCUUUUCACCUCUCUUCCCGUCUCAUUAGCGCACCGUAUCGCAGGAUGGUGCGAGCUCUUGUCUUCUCAUUAAAGCACAAACCUGAAAUCCAAGCAGAAGUCAAGGCUGGCACACUCACUGUCCCUGCCUUCGUAAAGAGCCAUAAAAAGUGAGGUGUUGUGCUUGAUCCUGAGUGAGAACUUCAUGUGCCUACAUCUCUGUGGAAGUGGGAGCCCUUUCUGUCGUGAGGGGAGUGCAGACAGUGCUGACAGCGUGAUUCACAACCUGUUCGUGUUCACAUGAGCAGGGCUGCUGAAGAUAAGAACUACUAAUGAUGAAAGUGCUGCUGUAAGUCUGACUUGGGCUUGUUGCAAGGAAAGUUUGUUCUAUUCUUCUGUGUAUUUCCCUGCUACAAAACCAUUCUUGCUGACUCAACUGUUUCUCACUUCCACCCAUUUGUCAUACCUCAGUUUAGCUCCAUCCCUGAUGUGGAUCUGCAGGUGUAAUCAGCUGAAUAUAACAUAAAGGAGCAGCUCUGUGCUGUGUUGGUAGAAAAUACUGGGAAUUCAGAGUAAUUGGUCCAUGAGAGGAUAUUCCUAGUGGGUAACUGCAAACUCCAGUUAACCCUAAAUCAGCCACAUCUGCUGCAGCUGGGCCCAGCCAGCAGCCAGAGCUAACUGUUUUGUCAAGCCAGGUGAUUUCCCUUUGCUACAUUCCAGAGUUGGAUGCAAAAUGGGUUUUGGUAACUUGCUAUCCAUUAUUCCAUAAGUUCAGUCAUCCUGUGAUUGUGGGCAUUUUUAAAUCCCUAGAAUGAAAAAUCAACGUGCCCUGGAGUAUAGGUGCUAUCUAACGUGUCUGCUGUUUAACAAGCAGCUCACUCAGACUUCCAUACCUCACUAAUGAUUUAAAUGUGGUGCUUGUUCUUACUGUAAUGUGAGAAAAGAAACUUGAAAUGAAUUUUCUAAAUAAAAUUAGAUUACAAGAAAAACAGUCCUUUUAAAGGCUUUAAAGGAGCAUGGUUCAGAAUGAUUGUGUGAACAAAUGUAAGCAACAAAUACUGUUUAAAUUCCUUCUAGUUAUUAAAAACUGGAAAUACUGCCUCUUA